AUGAAGUUUCCGAACACAGUCGAUAGAAAUAUUUAUCUAGCAUAUAUUCAUAAAGAUACUAUCCCAGUCACAAAGAAAAAUGAACAUCAACUGCAGCAUCAUCAAAAUCAUCAACAGAUAUUGGAUGCAAUAAAUCUUAAUUGGGAUUUAAAUCAUCCUGAAUCGCUUGUUGAGCUUUGCGUUAAAAUUAUUGCUGAAAAUUGGAACAUUCUGCCACUAUUUCGAGGCAUCAUCGUUCAUGAGAAUCGAUCAUUGUUAGCCGACAUUUUGGAAUUUGAAAAUUUACAACUUAGUGAUUUGUGUACACAUAUUAAAGUUAAUUCAUUAUGGAAGAGAAUGUAUGGAACAAAAUGGCCAAUGAUCAGCAAUCAUCGACAACGACCAUGGAUUGAACUUUAUAUGGAGAAGUAUUUAUCUGAAUCUCUUGAAAACCUUAGGCCGGUUGAUUAUAAUAUUGACAAAAUCCGAAACUUGGUAGACUUAUGCAGUCCUUUUGUUCGAAACUUAAAUAUUGAUCAUUUACAAGCCAUACCUGCUCAUGAUAAUGAUACAAUUAAUGAUCACAUUCCAUUUGACACCAUCUUGGAAAGUCUGAAUGAAAUCAAAUGUUUAUCAAUAACUUAUGACUGCAGAUCAAUUGGAACUAAGUUUUAUCUUACAUGCACGAGCAUUUCUGAUAAUGACAUUAAGAAAUUUACACGUGGACUUUGCAAUACUGAUCUGUUGGAAUUUAAGUUUCAUAGUUCAAAAUUAGAACCGCUAAUGCUAAAGCAAAUUGGACUAGCUUUGGAUAAAAAUACAUCACUUGCUAAAAUUGAAAUGCCAAAUUGCCGGUUUGGUGAUGCUGGAUUGUCAUCAUUUUGUACAAUCUUAACACAUGACUCACUUCCACAUGUUCGUCAUCUUGUUUUAAGUAAUAAUUUCAUUAGUCAUGAAGGAGCAGCACUGCUCGCAAACAUUUUAAGAAGGAGAAAAAUUGAAACUUUAGACUUAAAAUUAAAUCCAAUUCUAACAGAAGGAGCUAAUGAGAUUUUUGCACUAGCUGGAAUUGUUGAGUUGGUUGAACUUAACUUGUCAUCAUGUUCAUUUGAUGAAAAUGUUGAAGAGUCAUUACUUUAUGUGAUUAAAAAUAAUAAAAUGCUAGUAAGGCUGAACAUUUCAAUUAAUAAGUUGAGUGACGAUUUAGGAAUGGAAAUUUUAAAUAAACUUUCUAGUAAUGAUGUGUUAAGGCAUCUGGAUGUACGUGGAGCUGGAAUUUCACAUAAAAUUAAACGCAUGAUUGAUGCUACUGUACUUGAGAAUCGAGAAAAAAAUAAUACAGUUGGUCAAUAG